GUAAAGAACUGUUAUCUUUGAUCAAACAAAUGGGUUUCAGGAUGUGAAAACGGCAACGGCAAGAAGUCAAAAUAUUUGCAGUCAUUAGAUUUCAGUAAAGAUUAUUUGAUUGACAACAAACAAAGGUAUUUAAGGAUGGCAAACCCUCCUCCUUACUCCACAAUAGAGGAAGACGUAGAUGAGCCUACACAAAAUCCAGACAGUGGUAUCUCACCAGAUGCUUCACCUCCUCCAUACCAUGGUAUUCAAGGUGAAAAUAUAGCAGAUACACCACCAUCUUAUAAUGACAUCGUCAAGCCACCAAGUUAUGAUGAAGUUGAAGCUAUGCAUAGGCAUUCAGCACUUCAACAGAUAUUUGGAAUCUCAGAUGACGAGUUGGAACUUCAAGAUCGCUCAAUUUCGUACACUUUACCGGUAGAAGAGCAAAUUACAAGCUUAAGUGUUGGGUCUGAUUACGCAUUUGUUGGAUUCUUCUUUCUUUCUUUUAUAUUGAAUUGGAUUGGAUUUUUGGUUGGUUACUGCCUUGGCAACACGUAUGCUGCCAAGUACGGCUCAACUGCUGGCUUUGGUCUUUCUCUCAUCAAAUGGGCCUUUUUGAUAAAGCACGCUGAUUGCUGUAUUGAUGUUCUGUCAGCUUUUCCUUGGAUUACGUGGCUAUUUGUAAUUGCAGGUUGGGUAAUGUUCCUGAAAGGCACAGUGUCAUUCUCCCGAAUCAAGAGAGGUGGACAGAGAGGCCGUUUAUGGAUUUUUUAACUCUUACUGGCUCACUGAUGGGUUUAUUUUUUAAUACAUUAGUCAAUUAACCUCGCCCGAUUGUCAAGCGUCAUUCAUUUGUAACAGCAACCCUCGGAGUCAUGAUUGGAUAUCAUUUAUGUAGGUCUGGAAUCAAGGAUUUUGGAUCAGCCUCUAAAAAUACGUUUGGCAAGGAUCGUGACACGCAUCGAGGACUAAAUUUGGAGCCAGAGUAACUAAACAGCUAAUCAGUUACAAGAAGUGGAUUUUGUGAGGUUUUCCAGGGAUCUUGGCUGGGAGCAACCACCCAUAAAUGUAGAUAUUUUCCAAAGCCUGUUAGUUUCAUAAAGAGGAUGAUUUGCAAGAAACUGUCAUAUAAAUGCCGCGCAUUAGCGUAUCGUGAUAAACAACUUGGCGAAAAUUCACACUAAUGCAUCCCCAGUAUCGUUAUGCGUUAUGUUCAAGGGGCCUGCGCAAAACGGGGCCUAAAUGGGACGCUUUUUAAGUUGUCCAAGGCCUUUUUGUCCAAAACACCUAUUGUAUUUACUUUAAAGGGCCUCUUCAGCCAAAUUUUGCACUUACAUUUUAUUGGCUAAUCUAAAGGAGUUGAACCUGCUGAUCACGAAUUCUUUAUUUGUUUUUCGAUAUUUUUUAAAGUUUUUCCAAGAUAUAAGCUCUUGCAUUUCGGUAAUUGAAUUGAAUUAACCGACAAAAGUUUUUCGGUUUGGUGACACUGUGACGCAAUUUUGACGUUACUGUGCAUUUCGUUAGUCUCGCCUCAAACCGAAUCGAACGACGGCGAUUCGCAAAUUGAACACUGCAAGAGAUGGUACUCUCCAACUGUAACCAGUUCUGUUCUACCGGCUUUUAGUUUGAGCAUUUCAGACACCAAUUCUGAAGCCUUUAGUUGUUCAUCGUUUCUGGAGAACAACUGAAGUGUCAAUUUCGAUUAAUUAUACGUGAGGGAAGAGCUGGAACAGGAAGCCGUAGCUUUGUGGGCCUACACAGUGAUCAAAACAAAGUCGUGACACAGCAUGGACACAUUCCGACCCGCAGACUUAAAAUGAUUGUAAACAUUUAAUAUUUUUCGAUCCUAAAAAGCUCCUGCUGUAUAUUUAGAUGCAGUUAUCAACGCGUGAUCAUGAAUCCUUCAAGUUUCGGUGGAAGCUAUACGAAAUUCAUGGCGAACGAGAGCCGCACAUUGUGACGUCAGAAUGUCACGAAACUGGUUCGGCUUUUGUCGUUUUUUUCUCGGAAAGGUGCAACUUUAAAGCCUUAUAACUUCUAAACUAAUUGGAAUUUUGCAAAAACAACGACUUUGCCAUAAUGCAUGCACCAGAUGCUAACUUUUUAGUCAAUAAAUUUUUUUUGGCUGGAGAGGCCCUUGAAGAGAUAAGACGGCUCCAAGGGUUAGACGGCUUAAGACAUAAGACGGCAUGUCAUUUGAUAAACCUUAAUUUGACGGCAGGCUCGAAUUCUUCCCAGGAGCGUUUGAAAUGGAACUCAAAUGAUUUCUUUGGGAAAUACUAGCUCUGUCUUCUAAUCUUUUUGUUGCCUAAAUCAACGUCGACUUGUGGUAUAUUUUGUAAUACCAAAACCCCGAUUGUUUAAAUUUUAUUUAUAUUACAUUCAUUUAGAAAUAAAUUGCGGCUGUAUAUGGAUAAAUUUGGUUAAAAAUUUGAAAUGAGCAUUUAUGUAAGAAUUUUUUUUAAUUACACUGUUGAUUUGGGGUCA